AUGUUAUCGGUUAACGAGAAGUUCAGAAUCGACUACUACCGUCUCCAGGUCGGCGCCUGGCGUAUUCUUGGAGCCCUUGAUCUGAGCAAUGGAAACUACCUUGGUUGGGCGAUGUUUCUCAACUUUUUCGUCUCGAUGCUGGUGCCGCUGCUGCUGCUGUCGCUGUUCAGUUUCGAAACACCAUUAGAGAACAUCACCAAUUUUAGCCUGACGAUCACCUCUCUGUCCACUAUCCUGAAGUUCGGCAUGUAUGUCCUUAAGCUGUUCAAGCUGACUGAGAUGCGGCAGGUAAUCGCUCAGCUGGAUAGCCGUGUUAGUGGGGAGGAGCAGGUUCGCUACCACCGACAGAUGGCGAAGCAUUUGCAACGCCUUUCGAGAAUAUUCUUGGUAACCUACUUGACGGUGAUGGUUAACACAGCGGGUUCUUUCCUGUUCCGGAGCGAACGGAGCUUGCCAUUUCCUUUGUGGUUCCCCUUCGACUGGAGGCAUUCGACGGUGGCCUAUGUGGCAGUAGUGCUCUUCCAGGAGGUGGGCAUUUUCUGCCAAAUCUUGCAGAACUUUGUGGACGACUCGUUUCCUCCUCUGGCGCUGUAUCUCAUUGCCGAACAGUGCCAUCUGCUGAUCAUGCGCAUCUCCUGCAUUGGCUAUGGACCGGCAACGCAAAGGGCCAAUGAGAAGGAACUUGUGGACUGCAUCAAUGACCAGAAUGAUCUCUAUAGCUUGCUGGAGCUCACCCGCAGCCUCAUAUCCGGGCCCAUGAUGAUCCAAUUCAUUGUAAUAGCCGUCAACAUUGCCUUGACCAUGUUCGGGUUGGUCUCAUAUGUGGACACAGUGCAGGACCGCGUGUACUAUGUUACUUUCCUGUGGGGCAUCACCUUGCAGACGUAUCCACUAUGCUACUAUGGCACUAUGGUGGCGGAUAGCUUCGCGAGCCUCCACUAUGCAGUAUUUUGCAGCAACUGGACUGUCCAGAGCAGCAGUUACCGCAGCAACAUGCUGAUCAUGGCGGAGCGCACCAAGCGGCGACAGCAGCUACUAGCCGGUGCAAUCUUUCCCAUCCACAUAAGCACCUUUGCGGUCAUCUGCAAGGGAGCCUACUCGUUCUUUACCAUUAUGCACGACAGGGUCGACAACGAGAAGUGAUCUAUUAGCAGGGAUAAAUCACUCAAAAAUUUGAU